CACUGGGUUGUCAUACCUCCUGUACGCGUGUUGUUGUGUCCUCAGACAAGUUCAGACAGUCGUGAAGGUGUGGCUGGAGUCAUGGGAAGGAGGCCAGGGGCUGUCUCAAGUGUCACUCGAAAUUUUCCCUUCUAUCUCGUUCUCACUGUGCGACACUCGUUAAUUCAUUUCUGCGGCGAUCUUUUCGAAGGAGGGGAGUCCCGAUGCGAGUCAGCCGCACACUCACGAAGGACUGCCGCGGGGACGACGCUGGUUGAAGUCAUCUUUUGCGGACUCGGAGCCUUUUUCUUUUUUUUAGUCCAUGCACAGCAGCCCGUGAGAACCUUUCAAGAUCCACAAUGGAAAGAGCCUAAAACACCUGGAAGAAGAGAAGUUCCUUCCUUUCACGGCCCCUUAUCAUCACCACCAUCAUCAUCAUCAUCUCCCAUGGCCACUCUGCGGAGAUUCAGCUCGGAGGGAUCCCUCCUGGAUCUUGAUUUCUUCUCGUGGAGGAAGGUAGACCUAAAGAGAACGGAGCAUGACGACCAGCGGGACUACAGCACAUCUUCUGUUGCUGAAGUUGAGGAAGAUACCGAGCAGCUUCCUGCCAUGCAGGAGCCCAGCGCUUGCAAAGUUAGCAAGAAAGAACUGACGAAGGAGCUUAGUGUCAGUGUGGAGAACCUGAGAGACCUGCAGGAGAAGAAGAGCAAGAGCCACCACCUUGAAGUGGCUGCCAUUGGCGAGGGCUGCCGGGCCUACAGUGACAGCCAACUGGCCCCGGCGGCAAAGGAGAGCAUCGGCGGUGUCGACAGAGAAGACCUCGCUUCUCCAUCCACUUCAUCUGCCGCCCAUCCAUUCGUCCUCAAAUCGCAACAUCGAGCCAAACUUUCGGCUGCCAAACUGCACCUCAAGAGUCUAUUUGGCCAGAGUCCCCAUUCCUCAAACUCCAACCUUUCAAACACAGAACACAAAGACAGUGCCAAAGAGAGGAGGUCACGGCUGCUCUUCAUGCGUCAGUGGAGCCAGGUGGGCCACAGUAAGAGGCACGGCAUCAGUCGAGAAGAACUGGAAAGAUGGGCCCAGUCCCUGGACAACCUGCUGGCCAGUCAGACUGGGAUUUUGGUGUUUGGGGCAUUUCUUCGUUCCGAGUUCAGUGAGGAAAAUCUGCAGUUCUAUCUGGCCUGCCAGCAGUACAAACAUUCGUCCAACAACUUCAGCUUGCAGAGGAGGGCAAAGGACAUCUGCGCGACCUACAUCCUGGCCGGCUCACCUCGGGAGGUGAACAUCGACAGUAAGACCAGAGAUCUGACCGUGCGGCUGCUGCAGGCUCCCUCCCACACGUCGCUGUCGCACGCGCAGAGGCGCAUCUACUCGCUCCUGGACACGGACUGCUACCCCCGCUUCCUGGAGUCCACCAUCUACCUCGGCUUACUGCGGGAGGCCGACUAGCGGCCAGCCGCGUGCAGAGACCGCCAAAGCAUCGGCCGUGACCUCUGGCACGCUCGCGGAAGCAAGACAGACGGACACUAAGGAGUCCUUGCGCCUCACAGAAAAGAAAAAAAAACAAAACCACUGUCAUCAAAUGAUACGCGAGUAUCAUGAGAUCAACGACAUCAUGAGAAGAAACCAGUAUUUUUGACGACAAUGAGAAAUUUGGUGAAAUUACAAGAAGCUUUGAGAUUGCCCUAUGUGGGCUCUAUAUUCAGGGAGAAGGGGGGGGUUCACCAAUGCACUGGAAGGGAAGUGAUUUUUCUCUCAAAAAUCUGAAUUAAAUGAAACCGCUCAGAGUCA